UCUUGUCAUGGUGAUGGACUUGCUGACUGCUGUGAUACUUGUCACAUCUUUGCAGAUAUAAUCACGAGAUUCACUUUCACAGACUUGCACAUUUUAUUCUUGCUUGAAGUUCGAUUUUAUAACAAAGCAGAUAUGGCGGCUGAGCUUGUUAAUUCAGCGACAAGUGAUAAACUGACAGAAAUGGAUUGGAUGAAGAACAUUGAAAUCUGUGAACUGAUCGCAAGUGAUCAAGGGAAAGCCAAAGAUGUCAUUAAAGCUAUUAAGAAACGAUUGGGGAAUAAAAACCCUACUAUUCAGCUUUUUGCUGUCUUGUUAUUGCAGAUGUUAAUGAAUAAUUGUGGAGAACAUAUUCACAGGCAGGUUAUAGAUAAUGAACUUCUUCCAAUAUUGGUAAAGAUAGUGAAGAAAAAGUCAGAUCUUCCUGUACGUGAGAAGAUAUUUCUUCUUUUAGAUGCCAUGCAGAUAUCUUUUGGUGGUGCUUCUGGAAAGUUUCCUCAAUAUUAUACUGCAUAUUAUGAUUUGGUGAAUGCUGGUGUAAAGUUUCCUCAAAGGCCUCCUGCCAUUGCUUCAGGUCAUUCCAUGCCGAAGGAACCCAAAAGGAAUUUACCUGAGGCUGGAGAAAAAUCUGCCCCUCCAAAAUCUGAAAGGGUUAUUCAGCCUGAAAAUCCUCAGAUUAUGCCUGAAUCUAGUAUUAUUCAGAAGGCCAGUGCUGCCCUGGAGGUUUUGAGAGAAGUAUUGGAUGCUAUUGACAUUCAACAUCCUGAGGGAGCAAAGGAUGAGUUCACUCUGGAUCUUGUUGAGCAAUGUUCAUUUCAAAAGCAACGAGUAAUGCAUCUUGUGAUCACAUCUCGGGAUGAAAAGGUGGUUUCUCAAGCAAUUGAACUAAAUGAGAAGUUGCAGAAAUUACUUGCCAGACAUGAUUCUGUUCUUUCAGUUCAGGCUACCUCCACUGCUACUCAUUUUGUCCUCGAAGAAAUGGAGGAGGAAGAGGAGGCAGAACGGCUUUUCCGAAGAGUCCGAAAAGGGAAAGCAUGUGCAAAGCCUGAAGAGGAAGAUCACUUGGAGCAACCCCUGAGUUUAUUUGGACCAAUUGAUGCAGAAAAGUUUCACCGUCCACUUAUACGACCAUUAAGCUUGGAACCACAAGAAUCCAAUACCUCACCACCUGCUGUUGUCAUUCCUCCUCCACCGGCCAGACCUGUUGAGAGGGAGAGAUUCUUUCAGGAGAAAAGGGUGGAUGGUUCACCAUUAGCUGGUCACAUGAGGGGUCUUUCAUUGCAUAGUCGCAAUGCCAGCAGUUCAAACAGUGAGAGCAUUGAUUCUUGUGACUGAAGAACAUUGAUUUCUCUUAAAUUGCUGUAAGGAUUGGUAUUUGGAACAGUCAAGUUGGUUGUACUGCGGUGAAGGUAGGGUUUAUGUGCUUGUGAAGGGGUUUAGUUCCCAAAGCUCAACUCCAUUGAUUCUAAAAGUGUUGCCUGUGUAGUUUCUUCUGCCCUGAUCAUUUGGUGCCUUACAUGAUUGUGGUGUACAGUGAUUACUACUUGAAUCUAGUGUGGCUGGGGUUUUAAUUGGCCUUUAUCUGAAUUAACCAUCUUGAGUUAUACAUGUCUAACUAAAGCUUUGUCCUU